CAUUAAAUGAAUAUUUUUGUGUGCGCAUUUAUUUUUAUACAGUUGAUAAAAAAGCAUAAUUUAGUUUAAUAUGUCUUAUUGGCAAAAUGUUCCGGCACAACAUGAUAAUCAGGCAAUACAGCAACAAGAACAGUUGAUUGAAAACACAUACGAUGUUUUGGAAAGAACAAGCGCCAGCCUUCAGCGUUCCAAUCAAUUUGCUAUAGAGUCAGAGGAAUUGGGCACUGAGGUUCUUUCUGAAUUAAGUGAACAACGUGAAUCUUUACUACGUUCCACGCGUCGUUUACAAAAUGCCAAUGAUGACUUGUCCAAAUCACGUGCCAUUAUUAGGCGUAUACGGCGUCAAUUUGUUAUAAACAAAAUUUAUCUUAUAUUAAUAAUCAUUAUUGAAAUAGCCAUUUUAAUUGGUUUAAUAUUGAUAAAACUUCAUGUUUUCAAAUAA